CUUACUUUACAGAUUCAUAUCACAUUAUCGGCUGAAUAAAGACGCAUUUAUUAUGGUGUUAAAUAUAAUAGAACCACAUUUGCAGCCCACGACUAUUCCACCGAUAAUUCAAUUGGCAGCAACACUGCGUUUUUUAGCAGAAGGGGCUUACCAACGGGGAGUAGGCCGUGAUUCUUGUAUCAGUUUGGCAAGAAGCACGGUGUCGCAGAUUUUAACAAAAGUGAUGUGCCUCUUAGAGAAUUACAUUUGCGGUCAGUGGGUAAAACUUUCUAUGGAUGAUAGCGAAAAAUUGAUUUCAAGAAAUCACUUUUUUGGAAAGUACAAAAUACCCGGAAUAGUCGGUUGUAUAGAUGGAACACAUAUAAAAAUAAUAAAACCACCUGAUAAUGAGCAUUUAUAUUUUAACAGAAAGGGAUAUUUUAGCAUAAAUGCGAUGAUAAUUUGUGACAACGAUAUGCAAAUACGUGCAGUUGAUGCGCGGUAUCCCGGUUCAAGUCAUGAUGCAUUCAUCUGGGGUAUGAGUCACGCUAAACAAUAUUUCCGUACACAGUAUGAGAGUGGGCAGCGUUCAUUGAGGUUGCUGGGCGAUUGCGGCUACGGAAUUGAACCAUUUUUGUUAACACCUUAUAGAGAUCCACAGUUUAACUCAAUGGAGUAUAAGUUUAACAUAGCACAUACGGCUGCACGGAAUAUUGUGGAAAGGACAAUCGGAGUUUUAAAGAGCCGUUUCCGAUGUUUAAUGUCCACAUUACAUUACCGCCCUGAAAAAGUGGUUAAAAUUGUAAACGUCUGUUGUGCCUUACACAACAUCUGCAGACGUUACAACAUUGAAUAUAAUCAGGAAGUAGUAAUUCUUGCAAAUGAGACUGACGAUGGCAAUUUUUUCCACUCUGAUAAUGGUUCAAUGCAGAGCGAAGGCCGGAGAAUAAGAGACGAAAUAGCAAAUACUUUGUAACUCAAUGAAUUUAUUUCUUAAUUUUAAAUAUAACAGUCUUCAUGACUAAACUAAAA